AUGGCUAGACACAACACCACGGGAAAUGCCGGCCUAGAAAUGGGCCCCAACUUAGUCAUCGUUUUUAAUCAGACUACAAAUGAUAUCACAAAGGAAAACGUCUCUGAUAGUACAUCAAACACUUUGAGACCAGCCCAGGAGGAUUCCCCCCAUGAUGGCUCUGAAUACUUUGAGGACAUGAUGAAGGCCGGGUGGUGGGAUGCUCAGGGAUCUCCUUGUGGUAGAUGGAACUGUCGUGGAAAGUCUCAGAGUAGAAGAGGAGACAUUAGCACACGGUCAACGAACUGCAGACCUCAGAAGGAGCAGGAAGAAGAGAGUGAUCUUAAAGGUCACAGACCUACUCAGUUUUCAUCUCGUGACAAGAAAAAAGCUCUGCUUGGACUGGGAGGUGAGGCUGCCCGCAGCCGCCCCGAGCCUCUGUCCAGUGCUCAGGCGCCCGCCGAGGGCGCCGAGCUGCCAGCCUGGAUGCGCCUCUACUUCUACGGGAUGCACGGGAUCACCCUGGACGUGCUCGUGUCCUGCGCGCAGCGCUUCGCUCGCAGUCCCGACCGCCGGAUGCUGGGCUUCUCGUCGCCCUACAGCUGCCUCCUGCACUCGCUCACCCACUUCGCCCUGGAGAAGGUUUACCUACAGCAGUGGCGCUGCCCUAGCGCCUUCGUCUUCAAUUUCCUCCUCUACCCCUCGGCGCACGUGGGGCUGCAUAUCCUGGCGGGCCAGGUUCUGCUGCUCAGCCCGGGAAGCGGGCUGGCCGGCGCGGUGGCGCCGGGGGCGCUGGACCUGGCGCUGCAGUACAUGCUGGCGCUCUACCACUCGCAAGUGUUCCUGAAGCGCUUCCUGUGCUUGCAGUACCGGCCGCAGCGGCAGCAGCAGCAACAACUGGGCGCGUCCCCCGCCCCUCCCGGAGCCCGAGUCCCUGCGGCGGCGGGUGACCGGCAGCGGCGACCCGGUGGCCCAAGGAGCACCGGAGGAUCCCCCAGCCCGGGGCUACCGGACCUGCUCCGCUUUCUUUUUUUCGGAAUGCAUGGCUUUUUGGAUGAGAUCUUCUUCACCUUUUUCUUUAACGUGCUGAGGCUGGGGCACGGGGCGACCAGCGGCCAUACGUCGCUCUGGUCCUUUUUUAUGUAUGGCAGCUGCAGUUUCGUGGUGGAAAAGCUCUACUUCCACCUAUACUACACAUGCGGCUGGGGCACCUGGAAGCGGGUGCCUAUCUACGUGAUCUUCAUCUACGUGUGGGAGUUGUCCUGGGGUCUGGGACUCCGCAUGUGCAGCGCUUGUUCCUGGGACUAUUCUCACUACCCGCUCAAUUUCAUGGGCCUCAUCACUCUGAUGUAUUUACCUGGUUGGAUAUUCCUUAGUGUGUACCAGGACCUACUUUCCAACGCGUUGGGGCGGGUGCAGUACAGACCAACUAACUAA